AUGGGAUCCGUUUCAGAUGACCUUCAUCGUGAGCAGACAGUUGACAUUGUGGACAUCUAUGAGUCUAUCCGUGAAAGGCAGCGUCAUGACAGCGAAAGGUCUACCUGCAGCACCUUGGAGCAGAACGACAUUGAAGCUGUUGAAGCGCUUGUUUGUAUGAGCUCCUGGGGUCAAAGAUCGCAGAAAGGUGACAUAUUAAAGAUAAGGCCACUUACGCCCUUCUCGGAUUCUGGUGAUUUCACAAUGCAUGCUGAGGCUACGUCCGAGUUACCAAAGGACUAUUUAUCUACACUGUGCAUGACCCCUCCGCACAGCCCUGACUUUGCUGAGGUAUCAGCUGCUAUGCUCCUCUCCUCACAAGUCACUUAUUCCAAACCAAGGACUGUCAUGGCAAAUACAGCUGCCUGCUUGGUCACAUCAGCGACUGGUGCCUCUCCCAUAACCAAGCCAUCUGUUAUCAAUAUCGAGCGACAGUGCAGCCAGAAGCCAGUGAUAUCUGAAUCCUUUGCCCCUCAGCCUUGCAGGGCUAUGGCAACAAGCGUGAUACGUCACACAGGUGAUAGUUCUGCUUACCAUCACGUUCCUGCCGUGCAAGAGAAAACAGAGGUAACUUCAGGCUACAGCACUUCCAGAGACUGGUGUGGAGCGGGUGAGCGAAGACAUUCCAGACUGCCACAGGAUACGUGUGCUGCGGAUGAUGUAGUUAACGAACUCUCUCCGGUACAUCAACCUUACGCACAUGACUCCAGUGAUACCGCGACCAAUAAAGGACAACUACAAGUCCAGCCCGUUUCGCCGCAGACCCACUUACCAAAGAACUGUGAGAAUGACUUGCAAAAAAGAGCUACCCCAGUGACACCUGCCCCCGUUUCAAGCCCCCAGGUUCUCUGUCAAAUGAUCCCUUUAAAUGGACAAAGCAGUAUGAUCAAUGCCUAUGUCAAGCCUUCAACACCAACAGUCUCGACUCCCAUGAAACCUAUCUUACCGCAGACGGCCCCGCUCCCUCAGCCUGUACUCAUGGGACCUUCUGUGCCUCAGGGGACUGUCAUGUUGGUUCUUCCACAGACUGCUGUCACACAGCCACCACAGUGCCCGCAAACAGUAAUGACUGUCGGGAACACCAAAUUACUGCCCCUUGCUCCUGCUCCUGUGUUCAUCGCUUCUGGUCAAAGCUGCGCCCCCCAGAUGGACUUUUCUAGACGGAGGAAUUACGUUUGCAACUUCCCUGGGUGCAAGAAAACCUAUUUCAAGAGUUCCCACCUCAAAGCCCACCUUCGCACCCACACUGGAGAAAAGCCUUUCAGCUGCAACUGGGAAGGCUGUGACAAGAAGUUUGCCCGCUCAGAUGAACUGUCACGCCACCGUAGAACUCACACGGGAGAGAAGAAGUUUGCUUGUCCCGUGUGUGAGCGUCGCUUCAUGCGCAGCGACCACUUGACAAAGCACACCCGCCGCCAUAUGACCACGAAGAAGAUCCCCAGCUGGCAGACAGAGGUUGGCAAACUCAACAGAAUCGCCACAGCAGACAAACCGAAGAGCAGCAGUGCUCUGAGUAUGCUCAUCCCCAUGCCGUCCUCCGUCUGUCAGGGCUAGUGGGAGAAGCACCUUCU